UGUGAACUUUUUACAAGUCGCCUGAAGUGCCCUGGCCUGAAUCCAACCCUGGUGUUGUUGCUGCGUCUGUUUCGCAGUUCCUCCAUCACACCCCGACAAUGGCUCUGUGUCAGCACUGCAGGAAGUUGUUCCUCCAGGUUUGCAGCACGUUUUGGGAGGUGGCUGCUGCUUCCUGAGCCCCGCAGUGAGAUGAGUGGGGUGUGAGCAGCGCUGUGAUCGUCUGCUUGGGAAGCAUGAGCAGCAUUUGUCUGUCAUCUGCAAUGGGUGUGUGUGUGUGUGUGUGUGUGUGCAUGUAACAGAUAUGCAGAUGCUGCUCGGACUGGCUGCCCUUGUAUGGAAGGCACAGGGAGCUGUGCUUGGAUGAGGACUGUGAUGCCCCAAUCCCUGUGCAGGCGCACAAGUAGUGAAGGCUGCUUUCUGAGAAUUUCCUAUUCAGGAGGGUGUUUCAGUGUUUCAGUCCACUUUCCCUCUGAUGAGAUACCCCAUGUUAGUUAGAAGGACUGUGGCCUACAUGGUGCUCCCAGUAGAAAUGAUGCUCUCUCCCCAUGCUGGGGUCACUCUGAUUGUUGCUGUCCCAGAACUGUAACUGCUUUUGCUCACAUGCUGAAUGUUUUGGAGAAAAGAUCCUGAGAAGGAACACAGGAGGUGCAGCGGGAUGCAUUCACUGCACAGAGAUAAAGCCAGAGGGAUCCCUAAUUCUGAACAAGGCAGAGCCUGAACUUGAACUGCAGGCUGUCCAAAGCUCAGGAGGGAACGAGUCGGGUAGGAGGAAUAAAAUGCCUCCGGUGGCUGAGCCCUCUCACCUGCCAGAGGACGUCGGGUUCGUCUGUGGCUGGGAAGUCUUUGGAUCAACACAGGAGUGUGGAUGUAAGAAAAUACCGUGUGCAAAGCAUCUUUACUGGGGAGGAUGUGAUGUGUGAAAUGCUCCCAAGCCCUUUUCUCCACAGCAGCACGAAACACAGAAGGAAGAUUUUGCGCUGUUGUUUCUGAUUCAUGUUUGGGAUCCAGGAAAGCAUCCAGCGGAGCGGGAGCAGCAUGAAGGAGGAGCCCCUCGGCGCGGGGAUGAACGCGGUGCGGACGUGGAUGCAGGGAGCGGGCGUCCUGGACGCCAGCACGGCCGCGCAGAGCGGAGUGGGUCUGGCCCGGGCUCACUUCGAGAAGCAGCCUCCUUCCAACCUGAGGAAGUCCAACUUUUUCCACUUCGUCCUGGCUCUGUAUGACCGGCAGGGGCAGCCCGUGGAGAUCGAGCGCACCGCCUUCGUGGGCUUCGUGGAGAAGGAGAAGGAAGCUAACAGCGAAAAGACCAACAACGGGAUCCACUACCGCCUGCAGCUGCUCUACAGCAAUGGGAUCAGGACGGAACAGGAUUUCUACGUUCGCCUCAUCGACUCCAUGACCAAGCAGGCGAUAGUAUAUGAAGGCCAAGACAAGAACCCCGAAAUGUGCCGAGUUCUGCUCACGCAUGAAAUAAUGUGCAGCCGCUGUUGUGACAAGAAAAGCUGUGGCAACAGAAAUGAGACUCCAUCAGAUCCAGUGAUAAUUGACAGGUUCUUCUUGAAAUUUUUUCUCAAAUGUAACCAAAAUUGUCUAAAAAAUGCAGGAAACCCUCGAGACAUGCGACGAUUUCAGGUUGUGGUGUCUACAACAGUCAAUGUUGAUGGCCAUGUGUUGGCAGUGUCGGACAAUAUGUUUGUGCACAACAAUUCCAAGCAUGGGCGGAGAGCUCGAAGACUCGAUCCUUCGGAAGCAGCUACACCAUGUAUCAAAGCCAUCAGUCCAAGUGAAGGAUGGACUACAGGAGGUGCCACUGUCAUCAUCAUAGGAGACAAUUUCUUUGAUGGGUUACAGGUCAUCUUCGGCACCAUGCUGGUUUGGAGUGAGCUGAUUACUCCUCAUGCCAUCCGCGUACAGACACCUCCCCGACAUAUCCCAGGGGUUGUAGAAGUCACAUUGUCCUACAAGUCUAAGCAGUUUUGCAAGGGAACGCCUGGAAGAUUCAUUUACACAGCUCUGAAUGAACCCACCAUUGACUAUGGUUUCCAAAGGUUACAGAAGGUUAUCCCCCGGCACCCUGGUGACCCUGAACGCUUGCCAAAGGAAGUAAUACUUAAGAGGGCUGCUGAUUUAGUAGAAGCACUCUACGGUAUGCCACAUAAUAACCAGGAAAUAAUCCUGAAAAGAGCAGCAGACAUCGCGGAAGCACUCUACAGUGUCCCUCGCAAUCAUAACCAGCUCCCCGCCCUUGCUAACACGUCAGUCCAUGCAGGAAUGAUGGGAGUGAAUUCCUUUAGUGGUCAACUAGCUGUCAACGUAUCUGAAGCCUCACAGGCCACCAAUCAGGGUUUUACUCGCAACUCAAGCAGCGUGUCACCUCACGGCUAUGUGCCAAGCACCACCCCUCAGCAGACAAAUUACAACUCUGUCACAACAAGCAUGAAUGGCUAUGGGAAUGCUGGAAUGUCAAAUUUAGGUGGUUCUCCAACCUUCCUGAAUGGAUCUGCUGCCAAUUCUCCCUAUGCCAUUGUGCCAUCAAGUCCAACAAUGGCCUCCUCCACUAGCCUCCCCUCCAACUGUAGCAGUUCGUCUGGGAUUUUCUCGUUCUCACCAGCCAACAUGGUCUCAGCAGUGAAACAGAAGAGUGCUUUUGCGCCUGUCGUGAGACCGCAAACUUCUCCUCCUCCCACCUGCACCAGCACCAAUGGCAAUAGCCUGCAAGACCAGUCUUUUGUGGACUCUAGCAAGUACUCCACUGCAGGGUCUCUCCAGGGGCUGGCCUUCUCCUGAAGUACGUCACUCAAUCUUCCCUUCCUUUUUUUUCCUUUGUCAUAGUACACUUGUGCAGAGAUCCUACUGGGAGCAAAUAGACCGUUACAGAGCUUGGCACCAACCUCUGCCUUUCAUACAUAGAAGACACAUUACAAACUGAAUUUGCCAGUUUAACUCAUAUCAGGGCAUAUAUUAGCACUGAUUAAUGCACUUCUGUGCCAAUUAAUUCCACAAAUGAUGCAGGGCCUCAUCAAAUUUUGGUAGGAAGGGGCUGCUCCUUUUCUGCACCCUCUCCUUACAAAGUAUUCGAGCAUCAGCACCUAAAUUCCUUUUGAAGAGCUGACACAAGCUGAGGGGUGGCAGACAGAAGGUUGUCAAACUGAAGAUGCUCAAAACCAGCACCACCCGUUUCAGUGUUAGAUUCAGCCUAUUUUACAACACUGCCUAAAUCUGUCUGCAUAAUUACCUCACUCUGCACUAGUGUGCCGAGAGAGAUGUUUUCAUGCUCACUUAGACUAAGGAGUUUUCUUAACCAGCUGCCUCCAACUGUGCCAGAGAUGGAAAAGAUUUUGCGGUAUGCGUGUGCUUCUCCCAGACUUGAAGUCUGUUUUCCUUUCCAUGUGCUUGUGCAAAUUACUAAAGAGCACAAAGUGGGGGACAGAAUCCAUCAUUUUAGGGCUACGUUCAGAAGGAUGAGAAAGGAUAGCUCCACAGACCCCAUGUCACUUUACAUCCUCUGGAAGGAGAGAUGCUGGGCUUGCAAACAUAAUGCUGAUAGUUCCAUUAUAGCUGGAAAGUCUACAUACAGGCAGAGUGCAAGGAGUUCAUUCAUAAAAGCUGUGAUCCACCACGACUGAAGGGAAGCAUUGUCUUCAGUGCAAUUUAUGCUGGUGAUUUGGGGGGAUGAAUCCUUGCACAUUUACACGUGCACACAGAAAGUGUGAAAAUAAUAGGAAUGUAUAUGCAGCUGUUGGGUGCCUUCUGUAAGCAGUGCUGUAAAUACAGACUGCAUCAAGAAUAAAACACAACGGAGUUUUUGGAUGUGCUGUGUUGCUUGGAAUAUCAUUUUUCCUGCGUUUUAAAGAUCUGGUGAUGCUGACAUGCUACAAAUGUUAAAGGCUAAAGCAGCUAAAAGUGUUUUGACUGAAUUAAAAGAAAAUUAAAAGGAACUAAUUGUAAUCUGCCAGAACACUCCAAUGUUUUUAUCAUCUCUUCACCUUGUCCCAGUGUGUGUGAGGUUGAAGUGAAAAAGCAAGUAAUAAGGGAAGAUUUUUCUCUUGUUUUUCCUUUCACGGGACACAGAAUUCCCAGGUUCUGCCUAAUGGGUUAUGGAAAGCAAUUAUGGAACAAGCUGAGUGCUGGAUGCAACUGGGGCUUGCUGAUUGUCUCCUCAUUAUGUCACAUCCAGAUCUGUAAUGCCCAGAAACCACACAGAUCUGAGUGUUCCCCCUAAUUUUUAUUUAGCAAUUCUGUUUUCAUAAUAGGAAUGAGCCACCAAGAGAUUCAUUUUAAGGGUCAUCACUGAACUUCUUGGUGAGUUAAAGAUGCGCAGCCUUUAGCCCCAUGCCUUCUGAUACCACCCGAGGCUUGUAAUAAUCGCUCAGAAAUGCACUGCCUGUUGUGCCUUAUUGCUUAAAUAAACAAUCUUGUAUAAGGAGGCUGUCUUAUCUCUCUUGGGCUUCUGGAUACAUCAGAAAGCAAUCUAGUUUUCUGUAUGUAGCUUAGAUAUCCGUAGAACUCACUAAAACAACAGCUAGGCUUAUCUGUUGUUCUCUUUGCCAUGCAAUUUUGUAAAACUCAAAAUACAUUAUUUCUGUAAAUUGCUAGCAGCAAAUGCAAAUUAGUACAUGAUAAAAGAAAUAAUGCCCAUUGGUGGGAGUUUUUCUGGUUUUUUUGCCCUCUCUUGCCAUGUAGGUGCGAUCUCAUACCUACACUGUUUCCCACUGCUAUCUCUGUUUUCAGGAUCAAUAACAUGCUACAGCUGAGAGAAUUUGCAUGACUAGAUGUAGCACUUAUGAAAUGAAAGUCGAGUGAUAUAAAUGGACUUGGAAAGAAUGGAAAUAUCAAGGCUUUUAGGUAGAAAAGAGAUCAUUUUGUCAUUUGCCUUGUAAUUUAAUUCAGAAUUUUAGGGCUCUUCAAAGGCAAUAAUGCUUUGAUAAAAUGAACAAAGAUCUGCAUCUGUACAGUUUCCUUCCAAUGGCAAGAGGUGCAUGGCUAAUACGUAACUAUAGGGAAACAUCAUGAAGGCAGGAGUUACAGUUAUGUCACCUUAAUCUGGGAUCCUGCACAGUGAUGACAGCCAUGCUGUCCCAAGAGAAAGGCAAUUCUUGACCAGUAUUUGGUAAAAUUGAUUUGGGCUUAAGGAAUCUUUUAGCUUCAGAUUAUUUAUUUAUUAUAUUUUGACACUUUCUGAAGUUUUACAUUUAGAGAUAUGAAAAAGACAAAAUGCUGAAGUAGGGAAUUAAUCAGCCAUUUGACUCAGUUCAGUUGCACUCAUCACACACAGGAAGACUUGACCCAUUCCCAUCUGCUUAGCUCAUAGCUUAUCUGAACAACAAAGGAGGGAGUAUUGCUCUCAGCAUAGCUCUUCUCUGUGUUGUGAUAUGCAUCUGUGGUGUGCAAGCUCUCCAACUUCCCACAUCCAAAAAUCUCCAAGUGCUUUACUAGUAUGUAUAAAAAUUUUUCCCAUGUAAGAAACAGAAGCAGAUCAAAAUGCUUGAUGUAAUACAAUCAGCUGGAAGGAGAACUGGGACCAAAGCCUGAUUUUCAGAUCCAUGCCCAUGUCAAUCUGUCAUAUAUUCGUACAAGAAAUACCUUCAGCUGUGAGUGAUCACUUCACAUGGCUGCCACAAGCAGAAUUACAGUCUGUAAUCAGACUGUACCCAUCAUGGCGCUUUACGGCUGCUGUGGAUGUCCAUGGAUCGUGUUCCAUGUUUGUACCCCAGCCCUUAAGUGUAAUGACCCCAAGAGCAGAGUGGGGAGCAACUGAGUAUCACAACAAGGGCAUUGCUUUUGACUUGCUUUUGCUUCAUUUUUAUUCACCUGUACCAAGAGUAAAGCCCACUUGUGGGCACUCAGGGCUUAUUAUUUGAGAUACUCUUGAAAUAAAACCCUUUGGCAAGGAAUCUUUAAACAAAAGUCUAUCAAGUUCAUCCUGUGAUUUAAGAUGAAGGAGACAGCAUAGCUGUGGAGAUAACAUGGAAAUGCAUCCACAGAUUAUCCCCUGGUAGAAUCAAAAAAACCCGUGUCAGGAAAUGCCUCAGCAAGGAAUAUUUAAGACACAGCAGUGUCCUUUUCUGAUUACUUGAGUGUCUUCUUGUAGGGCACGAGCAAUGUAACUCACCUCUCUAUCCCUUUAAUCCUUGUUCCCAGCACCUUGCAGAGCCCUUAUGUGGAGUGAUAACCAUCACUGUAGCGAUUCCACAUAACUUGUGGCUGAAUGAUAAAUUCUAGGAAUCAAAAUGCUGCUGAACAAUUGCAACAUGCCACCUCUGAGGACGGCCUCCUGCGAACAUGUGGAUGUGUUUUGCAUUCUCGCCUUCUCCUCUCAUUUUAUUUCAUUUAAUCAGUGCAGUUUACUCGAGCUGUUCUCCCCUUGCUGAUUAGACUUGUAAUUCUUGCACAUAUGGUGGUGUUUGUGGAGAAAACAUUUCCCUCCUCUCCCCCUCCAACCCCAAAUCUGUGAGUCUUUUACUUUGGCUCUGUUCUUAUCAAAUAAUUGCAGCUGUAAUUAAAGCACAAUGAAUCAGCACCAGUCACAGGGUUGAUUUCUUCCUUAAGAAAUUACAUGUCCAGAUGUCGGAGAUGGCAGGCAGUUCUAGCAUUUAAAUAAUGUGCCCGUGAAGCGCCGCCAACCUGAAGGCAAAUCUGUUUUCUACCUUUCUGCAAAUAACCAUACAACUGGUGUUUUAAGGAUGUGUUGUUGUCACAGCUUUCACCAUAAACUUACACAACCACCACCUGUAAUGAUGUGCGUGCUCACAGUGUGUCGCUCGGACGCUUGCUGUGUCUGAUCCCUGAUAAACAGAGACCAACCUGGAGGUCAGGCGAGGUGGAAGGCUGUAGGUGUUGACUUCUAAGAAACAUCUCUAAGAGAGGUGGUGGUUCCAUAGGAACGAAGGUUAGAAAGCAUAAUAAAGGAUGCAGUUCAGCCGACAUUCUAAGUUAAAGUUAACAUGUUACUCAGUGUAGUUGGUGAAAUCUACAAGUGUAAUGAACCAUGACUUAGUUAAAGGCAUUUAACAUAAUUUCUACUUCAAAUUUAGACUUUUAGAGUUUAAGUCACUUCUGAGCACCUGGAAAUGCAUUCAUAAUGCUCCAUGUUGAAUACUGAACAUGUACGAGAAAGCUGGCAUAGGAAAAUGAACCGCUGUUACUCUGCCUAAUGCAACAAAUGCACUGCCAGAUCGCUGACACUGGCUGCCUAUGGACUUCAGCCAUUUGCUCAUGGGUGAAGCAAAACAUGCAGUAGAAAAUAUGGCAAUGGCUGAGGCAGGUUUGAACCUGUUGAACGCUUUAGAUUUUGAAACUAAAAUAAAAGAGUAAGUUGGGGCCUGAUUCUUAUACUGGGCGAAGUGCAUUUACUCUGCAAGAAAAUCACUAAUUUCAGCAGUCUCUCGCAAUUUAUGUUUUCCAGCCAAAAUAUGUUGCUAGUAAAUGUUUAAAGGUUGCAUUACAAUGCACAACAGUAACUCGUUUUCCUCUUUUUCUCUCUCUCCUCUCUUCCCCAACCCUUUCCU